UUCGUGAUGGAUGAGAACCUCACUACAGUGUCAGAGUUCAUCCUGCUGGGCUUAACAGAUGAUCCAAUCCUACAAGUCAUCCUCUUCAUGCUCUUCCUAUGCAUCUACCUGGUGACUGUGUCUGGAAAUCUCAGCACCAUCAUUCUUAUCAGAAUCUCUUCUCAGCUCCAUCAGCCCAUGUACUUCUUACUGAGCCACUUGGCUUUUGUUGACAUGGGCAUUUCAUCUUCUGUUACACCCAACAUGCUUGUAAACUUCUUGAGGAAGAGAAGCACAAUAUCUUACCAUGGAUGUGUCACACAGCUUGGCUCAGGAGCUUUCUUUGGAACAUCUGAUGCCAGCUUCUUAGCUACCAUGGCAUAUGACCGCUUUGUGGCAAUUUGUCACCCACUGCUCUAUUCAACCAAAAUGUCCACACAAGUUUGUGUCCAGUUACUUGUAAUGGCUUAUGUAGUUGGGUUUCUGAAUGCCUCUACUUUCAUAUUUUCUUUCUUCUCUUUACUCUUCUGUGGACCCAACAGAGUCAAUCACUUUUUCUGUGAUUUUGCCCCUUUGGUUGAACUCUCCUGUUCUGAUGUCAGUGUCCCAGCAGUUGUCCCCUCAUUUACUGCUGGCCCCACCAUUAUAAUUACAGUGUUUGUCAUAGCUGUCUCCUACAUCUACAUCCUCAUCACCAUCCUGAAGAUGCGCUCCCCUGAGGGACGUCGUAAGGCCUUCUCCACAUGCACCUCCCACCUCACAGCAGUCACUCUGUUCUAUGGGACCAUUACCUUCAUUUAUGUGAUGCCCAGGUCCAGCUACUCAACUGACCAGAACAAGGUAGUGUCUGUGUUCUACAUGGUGGUGAUCCCCAUGUUGAAUCCCCUCAUUUAUAGCCUCAGAAAUAAUGAGAUUAAAGGAGCUCUGAAGAGACAUCUUGGUAAGAAAGUAUUGUCUUAG